AUAAUUUUUGUUUUUCCAUCUAUUUUUUUUAUGUUAAUGCAAAUAUGGGCCUUGUUUUGUGAUCAAGUCGGCGCAAAAAUGUUGAUUUGAAUUUAGAUGUGAUUCUCACAUUUUGAUCAAACUUGGAACGUGACUGCCCACGUUGCCGCAACGUUUUCAUUCAUGAAAUGCCAGUCCUUUAAUCCGGGCUGAUGUCUCAUGCAAAUAAUAAAUAGGAUAUUGAUUAUUUUGGGCGGAAAUCUCAGCUCACGGCUUAGCGGACGUCACGAUAUAUUUAGAGCUAAAAUUAAUAAUCUUGAUCGUUAUGGAAAUGUAGGCAGCACCGCCCGCCGCGCCGCCGCGCCGCCACCGCGGUGCUUCUGCUUUAGUCACGGCACCAUCAUCUUCAUCAUCACCAGCACCUCCGUCCAAUUAACAGACUUGCUCAAACAAGUUCUGGCAAGGAGGCAAAGCUCUGCACCUUAUUUUGCAUCUUUAAUUAUCGUCAUUUAGUGGCGUGAUUGUGGGUUUCACGUCGACAAAAAAAAAGAAAAGAAAAGAAAAAUACACGAUUAGUUAUUAAUACACAGUGGAGUAAUAGUUAAGAUAUUUAGCUUCGGAGCACUGCGGGACAACAAGGAUUCACGAUGUGGUGUGUAUGCGCGUGUGUGUGGGUGUGUGUGAGAGAGAAGGAGAGAGAGAGAGAGAGAGAGAGAGACCUGCAUGAUGCCAGUAAACCAUUCACGUGUGUCUCCCAGCAGGUGACCAUGCAGCACUGGAUUCAAGCAACUCCUGCAAAACAUAAAAGUAUGAAAGUUCAUUCAGAUUAAUUUAAAACCCCCAAAAAGAAAGCAAGGCAGACAAGUUCAAAUUGCAACACAUCCUUGAUUUACCAGCAGAUUUGAAUAACAAACCAUAUUUGUGCUCAUAACAGACACUUCAACACUUCCAAGAGACUAGUAUGGUACGAUUUGUGAGUUUUCAUUCAUAGAAACCUUGUUGGACGUUGAGAAGGGACAGACAGGGUUUAACAGGAUAGAAGUAAUGUAUCCCCUGCAUGAUGGUGUGUGUGUGUGUGUGUGUGUGUGUGUUUCUGAGGUGGGGUAUAUCUGAGGCUUAGAAAACUAGUCUGCUGUGGCUGCCUCAUGAUUACAUUAAAGGUUAUUGUCAUCACAGGAGGGAUGACAUUAGCUCCUGACUUCAGCAUCCGUUUAAAGGACCCAGUUGACUGGGUUUGUCAAGCUCCCUCAUAGUCUUCUCCAGCUUUGGCUCUCAACUCGUUUGACGUCACUCGGCCUCUUACAAAAUGUUUCCCUAGUUGACGUGUUUGCUCCUUGAGCAGGAAUGCAAUUCCACUUUGAUCAAAAUACCCUCGUCGCCUCCCUUUAUCCCCAGCGAAAAUGACAUUUCACAAAAUGUCAUUUCGCCUGUGUUACACGGCUCUUUCCCCCGCUCCCCCCUCUUGCACAAGGAGGCAUAAUUCUACUUGUUAAGUGGAGCUUUUGGUGGUGUGGACCUGUCAGCUUCAAGCUGCCAUUGGCAAGAGGAGCCUUGAAAGGUUGUACAGGCGUGUGGCGUUGUCAGUUCUUGUGCAUGGUAUGAAGUCAGAAUCCAGCUCCUAAGACCCGCAAAGACAGAAGACCUCAUUCAAAAAAAAAAAAACGGAGUGCUGAGAGAUUCUGUAUCUCAAGAAGUCCAACAUCUCAUAUCAAGCAGAAGAAUGUAGUUGAUUUCCUUAUUAUAGAUUUCUAUGUGACCGGUGAAAAAGAGGCUCAUUGUUCCUUGUUUUCAUUCAGAAAUCCCAGACUGAACCUUCUCAUGAUGAACCACCUUCAGUAGUGUUGUAGUUGCAAAAAAAGAAAAAAAAAAAACGUAAGAGAGACCAUGUUGUUGUUUUGACUCCUCUAAUGAGAUGCCAAGUGAUUUAUUUAUGAAUUGCUUGUUUGGAACAGCCCCCUUGUGCGGAGUGCAUUUUUCUCUUUUCUGUAAAACCCUCUUUGGAGUCAUGUCGCUCAGUGAUUGCUGAUGCAACUCUUUGUCAUCCAGAGUUUGCCCUCAUCUCCUGUGUGCCUUCGGGGAGGGCUAUAUCUAUCCUGGCAUGUCCCCGGGUGUGUUGGAGGUGGGAGUGACUCAUUAAGCAGGUGUGAGCAUCCACUCCCAUACUGCCGCAUGCCAAACAAGAGCUCCAUGCAGGGAAAAAUCAUGAUGGCAAUACAGCAAAGCGCAUCACAAUUAAUCUUUGCACCAGACUGGGGCCAAGCCAGGGGGAUAACUAGCUAUCCCUCCAGUAUGCUCUCUCUCUCUCUCUCUCUCUUGUGUUCAUCUGAGGUGGAAUUUCCAAGUGUUCAUCACCACCAUUGAACAACCUGGCCUCCACUGACAUCUUCAUUUGGAUCCAGUUGAUGAAGAUGGUGAAUUGUUCCCAGUCUGUUUCAUAUGUGGGCGAAGUAUUAAGGAACCAGAGCUGUUCUAAAGCUUUGUUUAGGUUACAUUUGGUUAGAAUAACCUACUCUGCCUGCUGAAGAGCAUCAGCCAGAGUUUCUUUGAGAUAUUGCUCUCCUAAAGACCAAAAAAUAAAAAAAUAAAAAAAAUAAGACGAAUUUACUGUGUGGUUUUCAUAUUUUAAUGUAGCAGGAUAUGACUAAUGGGAACACUAUUGAGAAUUCUGAGAAACGUUAGUUGGUUAAGGUGGCAUAAAAACGUCCAAAACCAUUAAGAAAUAGUCUAACUCUUCACCCAGCCCUCUCACUGUGUGCAGAUGCCAACAUGAAAAUGCUUAUUUUAACCAUCUGGAUAUCUAAUUUUACUCAAAUAGGGCGUCUUUAAAUGGCACGUAGUGUAUCACGACUUGAGACGCGCUGUUACGCAAAACCCCCACAAAAAUAUUCCUCCUCCAUAGACUGUCUAAAAAAUAAAAAUAAAAAAAAACCGACCAAGAAAAAAUAUAUAUACGGAAGAGGAGAGGCUUCGGUGUUGCUUUGUAAUCUACCCAGACAUUAUGGCGUGGACCCAGGCUGCACGGUUUGAGGACAAACAAAAGCGCGUAAUGCACGCUGGAAGCGCAUUAACAGCUUCGGCUGUGGGCUGUUUAGACAGCAGUUCUGCGGCGACCAGUCAGCCAGCGGCAGGUCACAUGUUGCAGCGUCAUUGUGUAGUAAAGUUACAGUAGUUUCAAAGAGGCUCCUCAUUUCAGCUCCAGAGGUCUCCUCAUCCCCGUUGCUGCUGCAGUUGCUGCCGCUGCCUCUGCUGCGUCUUCGGCAUGCGACAACUUCGCUUUCAGACGAUCUCCGCAAACGAGCCGCGCAGCCAUGGGAGUGCAUUACCUCAGCCGUGCAAUUUCCACCAUCAAUAAUUUAAUCUAUUUGCUCCAAAGCUGAAGAGAUAUCCCGAAGCUUCUUCUUUCUUUUUUUUUUUCUUUUUUUUUCCCCCUGUCGGGAGAGUUGCAGAGAGGAAAACACCUCUGAAGCAAAUUACUGAGGGAGUUGUCCAAAACAUCCCAGAUGACACCACAAUCCUGUUGAAUGGUCUGUUUUACGACUGGGCAGUAAAAGUUCCACCAGGUUAGAAGAGUGAUGACCAUCCUGUUCCUUACUAUGGUUAUUUCAUACUUCAGUUGCAUGAGAGCUGCGCCCCUGAGAGACGCCCCGGGCAUGCGGGGCCAUCGGACGGAAGGCUACCUGGGCGCUGCUGCGACGGCCCCCCGAGGCCAUGGGACUCCACAGAGUGGCGGCGGGCCGGGCCAGCGCGAGGAGCUCCCCUCGCUCACAGACACGUUCGAGCAGGUGAUAGAGGAGCUGCUGGAGGUGGAGGGUGAGGCGGCGCAGCUGGGACAGGGGGCCGACAAGAGCCAGGGAGGUGGGGGCCCGUCGCCCGUGGCCACCGCAGAGGCCAAGGAUGUCGACCUGUACAACUCGCGGGUGAUGAUCAGCAACCAAGUGCCUUUGGAGCCGCCGUUGCUCUUUCUCCUGGAGGAAUACAAAAACUAUCUGGAUGCUGCGAACAUGUCCAUGAGGGUGCGGCGGCACUCCGACCCCUCGCGGCGUGGAGAGCUCAGUGUGUGUGACAGUAUUAGCCAGUGGGUGACAGCUGUGGAUAAAAAGACGGCGAUAGACAUGUCUGGGCAGACAGUAACCGUCAUGGAGAAGGUCCCUGUCCCCAAUGGUCAACUGAAGCAAUACUUUUAUGAGACCAAAUGCAACCCCAUGGGGUACACAAAGGACGGCUGCAGAGGAAUAGACAAGCGGCAUUAUACAUCCCAAUGCAGGACAACCCAGUCCUACGUGCGAGCGCUCACCAUGGAUAGCAAAAAGAAGAUUGGCUGGCGGUUUAUAAGGAUAGACACUUCAUGUGUAUGCACAUUGACCAUUAAAAGAGGGAGAUAGUGUAUAAAAUGUAUAGAUUUUAUUGAAGAGUUUAAAAAAGAGAAUAAAGAGAAAAUAUCUAUUUGUAUAUAUACAUAACAGGGUAAAUUAUUCCGUCAAAUGAAAAUUUUAUGGACUGCAUGUAAAAAAAGAUGAAGUUUAUACAGUAAAGUGAUACUACAGUCUAUUUAUUGAACAUAUUCAUGACCUUGUAAACAAUUAAAAAAAAUCUGAUCAGUCAUUUGCGCCCAGUUUAAAUUACUAUAUCACAUUGAAGGAGACAUUGUGAUCUGUUUACGUUGCCAAGAAUUAGAAAAUGAAGGAAAAAAAAAACACGGGCAAGGAAUGAGAGAGGACAGUUCCAUCUUCAAAAGCUUGCAUGCUGCUUUCAAUUGUGAAUUCAGAAAUUCUCCACUUUCAAAGAAAAAAACC